AUGUAACAGUCACGUGGCACAUGGACUCAUGACUGCUUUGGGGACAGGAAGCAAAGAAAAGAAAUAAACAAGAGAAAUGCAUAGAUGAGCCCGAUGUAGAGAGUGAACAGGGACGUUUUACAAGCAGUCGUGCCUUUUCUUCGUCCUCUACAAAGACCCUGACAGCACGAGUUCCAUUUUCUGCUGGUCAAAGUGUUUUUACGUGCAAACAUGUCAGGAAAAGUUGUUCUGUACUACUUCAACGGUAGAGGGAAGAUGGAGUCGAUACGGUGGCUUCUGGCUGUUGCUGGUGUUGAGUUCGAAGAGGUUUAUCUGACCACCGAGGAGCAAUUCAGGAACCUGGUGGAUGAUGGCGCGCUGCUGUUUCAUCAGGUUCCCCUGGUUGAAAUGGAUGGAAUGAAGCUUGUUCAGACUAAGGCCAUCUUGAACUACAUUGCUGCAAAAUACAACAUGUAUGGAAAGGAUAUUAAAGAGCGUCUCAUGAUUGAUAUGUACUCUGAGGGUGCUAGGGACAUCAUGGAUAUGAUCCUGGUUCUACCCUUUACACCUGCUGACCAAAAACAGAAACAAAUGGACAAAAUACAGGACAAAGCCAAGGAACGUAGUCUUCCAGCUUAUGAAAAGGCUCUUGCUCAUUCCCAGUUCCUUGUGGGAAGUCAGUUAAGCUGUGCAGAUGUGCAUCUCCUUGAGGCCACUCUCAUGCUAGAGGAGCUGUUCCCUACAAUACUCUUCGCUUUCCCCAAGAUCCAGGAAUUUCAGAAGAGGAUGAAAGCAAUUCCAGCCAUCAAUAAGUUCCUGCAGCCCGGCAGUCAGAGGAAGCCUCCACCUGAUGAAGUGUAUGUAAAAACUGUUAUGAGUGUAUUAAGCUUUCUUUUCAAAUAGAAGACAGAGUAGUUCAGUGACGGAUCAUUCAAGCAAGAAGAUGGAUUACGAAAGGCUGCUAAUCAUAUAUUCUUUUUAACACACUAUUUUGCCCUUUGGCCACAAGUGAGCAUUGAAUUUUCUGUUCUAUGAAUUGUCCACCAUAUCCAAGCAAUCUAAACUCAUGUCUACCUGUUUCUUACUUUUAAGUACACACUUGUGAGAGAUUUGAUGUAAAUCCUAAUUAUGAUAAUCAUACAAAUGAGUGUAUUGGUCCUUUACACAUUGCCUAUAUAUUAUGCAGGCUUUUAAAGCAAUAAAUAAUUCCAAGUUUAA